AUGUAAUAAUAAUAACAAAGAAAUUCACUUGUUUAAGAACUGCUGAAAUCUAUCAAUUAAGUAAUACAGACUAUAUUAUAUUCAAUAGUAAAAUCAAUCACUUACAAAUUAAAAUAAGGUUUUACAUGAAUUUUAAUGGUUUGAAUUAGAUAAUUAAAUAAGGAUUCGUGUACAUGAAUUAAUGGAACCCCAUCUUAAACUAUUUCUUGAAUAAAGAUUCGAAUAUGAUACGUAUAUACUAAAUAUCAAAAUAUUAGGUUAACUGUUAAAUUGGAAAAGUAUAUCUAAAAUUAUGAAGAAUUUAAGUCUCUUUAUUUCUAAAAUGGAAAAAGUCAAUCAAUUAUCCAAUAACUUAAAUAACAAAUGAAUGAUUUAGAAUCUCAAUUAUAAUAAUUAUAACAAACAGAAUAAUUUACUAUAAUUGAGAUUAAUAAGAAACUUGAUUUAUUAUAAAUUUCUAAAGAUCAACAUGUCCAAUAAUUUAUACUUUUAGAAAAUAAUCAAAGUUAAUCUAUUUAAUCAAUAGAAAAUAUUAGAUAGUAAAAUUAACAAUUUAAAUAACUUUUAUUAGAUAACUUAGAAUAAGUUAAAUUAUAAAAUAAUAUAGCUGUUAAUAAUGUAUAAGAUAAGUUAUUAGAAUUGAAUCUUCGAAUAGAUAAUUAAUAAAGUUAUUAAAAAGAUUUAACAUUAAAAAAUGAUAAAAUUUUUGAAGAAUUGAGUACUUUGAAUAAUAAAAUAAUUUAAUAGACUUCAUAGAUUACUUAGGAUUAAAAAAAUAUUGAAUUGCUAUAAUAAAUAGUUCCAAAAUUUGAUGAAUUGUUAAUAUAAGAUAGAUAACUUACAAAUUAAGUAUACUUAAUGAAAAACAAAUAAUCAUAUUUUGAAAAUUAUAUAGAAAAAUAUUUUCCUUUAUUUUUAUAAGGAACUAUUUCUUAAACUUUACAUAAUUGUUUAGAUGAAAAUAAUCUCUAUAAAUUAGCUAAAUUUGAAGAUGAGAAAUUUACUCUUCUAAAUUCUAUCAUUAUUGAUGACUAAGGUACUCCUAAUUUAGAUAAAAAAAUAAAUGAAUGUACUGCAUUUAUUGAAACAUAACUCAAAAAAAACUAUUAAAUCCUUAAAAACAAUGUUAAUAAAUAAUCGAUUUAAAAAAAUGAAUAAAUUAAAGAAACCUAAAAUAUUUAACUUUAAGCAAAAAACAAUUAAGAUAUUUCAGAUAAAUAAAAUUUAUUAGAAAAAAAUGAAAUGGAAUAUUUUAUACAACAAAGAUUAAAUGAAUUCAAAAAAUAAAUUGAUAAAAGUUUAAAUCAUAUAUAAACAACAGUUGAUAAAUUAGAAUAAACUUAUGAUCUCUUACAUUAAAAAAUGGUUUCUCAAAUUGAAUUUAUUAAGAAUUAAUAUAAUGAAUAGAUUAUCUAAAUUUAAUAAUAAUUAUAAGAAUUAAAUGAAUAAUUUAGUACUGUUCCUUUGUUUAUUAGUGAAAUUAAUGAAAUAUAAUAAUAGUAAUAAAUGAAUAUUAAAAAAUUAAAUCAAUUUUAAAUCUUAUAUAAUGAUUAAAGAUUAUCAUUAGAAAAAUGUUAAGAUAUUUUGAAUGAAUCAAUAGAUUAACUAAAAAAUGAAAAUGAUUCUAUUUGUUAAGAAUCUCCAAUAAAAAAACUUUAAUCAUAAUUGAAUGCUGAUGAAAGAAAAAGUGUUCGUACAAAGACAGCUUCAUAAAGUGGAAUGCGUAAAAGUAUAAAAAGUAUGUAUAGUUCAAGUUAGACAAGAUCAACAAAUGAUAAAAGAAAGUUUUAUUUAUUAGGUUCUAAACUAUAAUAGGAAGUUUGUUAAAGUAUGAAUCUUUCAAUACUGCAACCAAGAAAAACAAAUUCAAGAAUACUAUUUUAAAGUAAAGCUUUUGCAAAAGAUUGA